AUGCUCCGAGUUGCAAGAAUCAUGAAGUGCCUUACAUCAUCCAAAGCAGCAGCGCUCGACGCUGAGCUCAUGGCCCCCUCUGGAGGCUUCUCAAUUGACCAACUGAUGGAACUUGCUGGGUUAAGCGUAGCUCAGGCGGUUUACAAAUACGACAAGUCGCUAGCGCAGGGCAAACAGGUUCUGGUUUUGGUUGGUCCUGGAAACAACGGUGGCGACGGUCUUGUGGCUGCUCGACAUCUAUGUCACUUGGGCGCCAAACCGGUCAUUUAUUACCCUAAGCGAACUGAUCGGCCUCUGUUCAACGGGCUGGUGACCCAACUGCACAACCUGGACAUCAAAUUUCUGGACGACGUGAAUAAAUCUACUUUCGACUCAUCGGCUCACGUUAUCGACUCGCUUUUCGGUUUCUCCUUCAAGCCCCCGAUCCGGGAACCGUUCCCCAAGGUGAUUGAGCUGCUUAAGGAAACUAAGACCCCAACCACCAGUGUGGACAUCCCAUCCUCCUGGGACGUGGAUCGAGGACCAGAGGACGACAAUGCCUUCCAACCCUCGUCUCUGGUAUCGCUCACCGCACCCAAGGGCGCAUCUAGACACCUGCUACCUUCAACCCGGCAUUUCCUGGGCGGCCGGUUUGUGUCCAAGCACAUUGCUGAUAAAUACGAUCUGGAGGUUCCUGCCUACGAGGGGUUGGACCACAUUGUUGAGCUUACCCAGAACAAUAAGGAGGCUCAGAUUUAG